UUCCCCUUCGUCGGCAACGACACCACUCCGCAACCAUGCCGCCGAAGACGCAGCAGAAGUCGAAGGAGCAGAAGAUGGCGGCCGCCAUGGCCGGCGGCAAGGGCCGCAAGAAGAAGUGGUCCAAGGGAAAGGUCAGGGAGAAGGUGGCCAACCAGGUCCUCUUCAACGAGGACACCUACACCCGUUGCCUGGCUGAGGUGCCCAAGAUGAAGCUCAUCACUGCGUCGGGGUUGGUGGAACGCCUGAAGGUUAACGGGUCGUUGGCACGGGCUGCCAUCCGCGAGCUCGAGGAGAAGGGUCUCAUCAGGAAGGUCGACGCGCACCACGCACAGGUCAUCUACACGCGCGCCACUAACGUGGAGGAGUAGAUCAUCUCGGUCUCCUUUCUUCUCUCCUUCUUGUCCCUUUCAUCUCAGAAGGGGGCAAAAAUGAGAGAGAAAUUGAAACCUCUUGAAGAGGAGCAAGGAAGGACGUCAACACGUCGGUGUGCUUGAUUAGUUUGACGCACGCAUGUGUUUUCGUCUUCUUUGUUUUCGUUGGGGGUGUCUUGCUUGAGCUUUGCGGGCCUUGCCUUCCUUUUACUCCUACGAUCCUCUUCGGAGGACGGAGCGUGCAAAGGGUGAAAAGACCGGCGGUUCAUGUACAAGAUGAAGCGGGUGGGGUGUGACACGGAGAGGGGAGAGGAGGGGGGGGGGCUGUUGCUUGGCGAUGAACCUCUUUUUCUCUCUUUGCUCUCUGUGUUUUGCCCUUUUUGGCGCUGAGGGACGCAAGGGGUCGCAUGCACGCGCGGGUUUUCGUAGUGUCUCUUUCUGCUCUGCGACCGAGCGUGUAUCAAUUCAACGUUUUUUAGCGUGC